AUGGCUUCACGCUCCCCAAUCCUACGAAUGCUAUGGCAAAGAUGCGCCAAUUCUUCCACGAAGUCAGGCACUCAUAGUGGUUUCUCUUCGUCAUGGCGCUCUUACGCAUCGAAGCCUGGUUGUAGAACUCGUGCGCCUCCACCGAAUCCAAGCUCUAAUGCUCAACCGAGUAGGACCGCUCAAGGUGGUCCAAAGUACGGACAACUGGUUCGGAAGGUCGCAGCAUACGGUGACUUGGUUCUAUAUCGUGGUCCCUCGCAUACACUCUACCGCUUUAACGCGUUCGCUGUGGCAGCAUCUGCUUUCGGAUACGCUGCCUACCACUCAUACAUCAAUUUCGUGGACCCAUUGAUGGAAGUGGAGAACUGGAUUCUUUAUACCCAUGGAGGCAUCUGCGUUGUCACAAGUGCCAUGGGUGCGGCAUGGCUAACGAGGGCAGGAAACCUGGUGAAGAGUGUCGCUGCCGUACAAAAUGGCUCGCAGACACUACUCCGCUUCACUGUGCAGGGUACGAGGCCAUUCAGCCGACCGCGCGAGUUUGAAGUCUCACCGCGCAAAGUGGCCAUAUCAAAAAAAUUAGUGGUAUCAGAGGAACGACGCCGGGUCGUUGGCGAGAACGUCAGAACCCCCAUCGCGGCUUCCACAGAGCAGAAACCUCCCAGUCUCAUGAUGGCUCCCAUUCGUGCGAUGAACCGAGGCGUGGGAAGCUGGCUACAAGCUCUCAAGCAAUUGGCUUUGCAGGAAGACUUUAUUAUCCUUAGGGUUGACCGAGAAAAUGGGAAACGUCCACUCGAGCUCAGGAUGGAUGCUAAUGGGUAUCUCUCAAGUGACUUCUUCUUAAUCGGGGACCCGGUCAUUUUCAAGAACUAA